AUGAACCAAUCCAACAACAACGAACCCAGCUCGAUCACCGUCAAGAAGAUUGCUUGCAUUGGUGCUGGUUACGUCGGCGGACCCACCUGCUCAGUGAUCGCCUACAAAUGUCCUCAGAUCCAAGUCACCAUCGUCGAUGUGAAUCCAGAUCGAAUCAACCAAUGGAACUCGGACUCAUUGCCGAUCUUCGAACCGGGAUUGGAAGAGAUCAUCCUCAAGUGUCGCGGAAAGAACUUGUUCUUCGAUACCGAUAUCGAUAAGGCCAUCAAGGAAGCCGAUCUCAUCUUCGUCUCCGUCAAUACUCCCACCAAACAAUCCGGAAUCGGGUCCGGAUAUGCUGCAGACCUUAGUUAUGUGGAGCUCUGUACCCGUCGAAUCGCCACCGUCGCAGCGACCUCGAAGAUCGUAGUCGAGAAGUCGACGGUGCCAUGUCGGACGGCGGAGUCGAUGCGCAAGAUCCUCGAAUCGAACUCCAAGCCGAACCUGAACAUCACCUUCGACAUCCUCUCGAACCCGGAAUUCCUGGCCGAAGGGACGGCGAUCAAGGAUCUGCUGAACCCCGACCGGGUCCUGAUCGGCUCCUUGGGCACGCCCUCCGGCAAACGCGCCCAGGCCGCCCUCGUCGACGUCUACGCUAAUUGGGUGCCCAGGGAGAAAUGCGUUACUACUGGGCUUUGGUCUUCCGAACUCACUAAAUUGGCAGCUAAUGCAUUACUAGCUCAGCGAAUCUCCUCGAUCAACUCUCUCUCAGCCAUCUGCGAAGUCACCGGUGCUGAUAUCGAUGAGGUGGCCUAUGCCUGUGGAUUGGACGGUCGGAUCGGCAAUAAGUUCUUGAAGGCCUCCGUCGGCUUUGGCGGCAGCUGUUUCCAAAAGGAUAUCUUGAAUCUCGUCUAUCUCUCCGAGUCUCUCCACCUCCAAGAUGUGGCUGAUUAUUGGCGUCAAGUGAUUAUCAUGAAUGAGUCUCAGAAACGUCGCUUUACGACCAAAGUCGUCAAGGAGUUAUUCAACACGAUCCGGGGCAAAAAGAUCACUGUGCUUGGGUUUGCGUUCAAGAAGGAUACGGGGGACACUCGAUGUUCGGCGUCGAUCACGUUGAUCAAGCAGUUCAGAGAGGAAGGCGCGCAGAUCUCGAUCUAUGAUCCCAAGGUCAAGGAGAACCAAUACUGGCUCGAUUUGGUUAAUCCUCAAGUCCUUACUGAUCUUGAGCCUGUCCAUCCAGCUCGAAAACAGAUCACGAUUUGUAAGUCUGCAGAGGAAGCGUGCCACGGAGCCUCCGGAAUAGUGAUCGCCACUGAAUGGGAUGAAUUCAAGAGCUUGGAUUGGAAGAAGAUUUAUGAGACGGUCGAUAAACCGGCGACCAUCUUCGACGGCCGUUUGAUCUUGGACCAGAAGGCGCUCAAAUCGAUCGGCUUUAAGGUGUUUGUGAUCGGCAAAGGUGAAGAAUUAAAAUGA